AUGUACCGACCUCAGCGAAGUCCAGGAGCUCAGCGGGCGCCUGGGAGGUUCCCCUCCCCGGGCCACAGCUGGGGAUUCCCGUUCACGGGCUCCCCCCAGAACCGGAGCCCGUUCACUCCCGGUUCUGCAGGAGAAUACGUGGACGGGUUCGGCUACAGGUCCAUGGCGUUCGCGAGUCCGAUGCAACGCGGCGGAAACGGUUUCCGGCGGCCUCGGUCCUUCAACCCGAAAGCUUCUCCGAACCAGUCCAGACCGUCAGACGUUCCUGUGGAGAAAUAUUUCAGUCCCAUGAUGCUGGAGGAUCCCUGGGAAAUGCUGCAGCCCAUCAGUGCUGCAGACGCCGCCACCGCCAUCAGGAGGAUCACAUGGCCCAGGCCAGCUUCCAGCAGCCAAUAAGAAGUUAGCAGCUGCAUUCACCUGACCUGUUUGUGUUAUGAUCCUAAUGAUCAAUGUGUUCAGACUGUUUGUUUUUAUUCACACUGCAGACAGGAAAUGUUUUUAUUUUUGUCAGUAAAAUGUGUUUCUGAAAAGGUU